UGCUUGUAUUCGCUGAUUUGUCGCUGCCGACUGGUUGAAAAUAAACAGAUCCAUGGAGGCUCAAAACCACCAAAACCAGGAACAAGGACCCAGUGGUGGCGACGAAUUUCCACAAGGGCAGCCACAGCCUUCUACUUCAGGUGGCGCAGCGGCACCGCGGCACACGGAGCCCAGCCUCCGCACCCUGUGCUUCCGAGGCCUGCACGUCAGCCGCUGCCUCAUCUACCGCGUGGCGACGCGCUUCUCGGGGCAGCCGCUGGGUCAGAACGUGCUGGACGCCGUCAACCACGCCCUCAGUGCUGCCGAGCACACCACCCUCUGGGCCAACGCUGCCGCCAAUGAGCACCAGUCGGCGAUGUGGUACGUCAUGGUGCCAAUCUCAAUCUGCCUGAUGGUCGCCAGGACUGGGGCAGAUCUUGCAGAAAGGUACCUCGACAUACAGCUGCCGGAGAAUCAAGAUCUGGUGAACUGGUUGCAGGGCCUUCGCACCAGACUACAAAUUAUAAAGGAAAAUGCGUCGCGCGUACACAGCUCGCACAAGCAACAAAAGCAACAACCUUCUCGCUCUACUGUGGAACUUGCUCUGAGUCCCUCCUCCUCAGUGUCGUCUUUGGAUGUCUACAACGAACAUUCAUCAUCCGAAGAGGAGAUAGCCCGACCAGAGACCCCAGGGGAUAAGAGCAUGUAUUUUAGCGUCGAGCAACCUAUGGAAGUGGAAGAAGAAACGGAGGCAACAGUCGACCAUGACGAAAGGGAAAAAGUGGAAGAUGAAGCGCAGCAAACGAAGCCUGAAGAACAGCCGGCAGUAGCUGAAGAGGAAGUGGGUGGGGCAGCCAUGAGCACAGAACGUCCACAACCGUCGGCCUCUCCUGAACACCUCAAGUCCGCUGAAGAAGCAGAGCGGGCAGCCAUGGAAGUGCUGCCGCAGCCUUCGGCCCAACCUGCGUCGUCACAGGACCUCGUGGCUGCCGAGGCAUCGUCUGGUGCACAACCAGGCAGCAGCGGCAGCGGCAGGCGUGGCCACAAAGCAAGCUCUAAAGCCACCAAGGGGAUGCUCUUCCUCAGUCUGUUCGGAGCCAAGUUGGGUUAAUCCCUGGCUCGUAGAUACGUUGCUGCUGGCAGUACCAAUUAAACUUCAAAUGGAACUUGUUUAUACCUCACUUUUAUCAGACGCUAAAAAUGUAUUGAACGUUAAUGCGUAUUUGUCUUCAGGUUUUUAGAUUUUUAGUGUCACAUAAUCGGUUGCACGAUGAAUAGUUACCGUUAAGGUGUGGAAAUUGCCAUACGAAGCGCUGAAGUUUGUAUGCAGAUGAGGGUUAACACAUUUUAAAAGAAUGGUUGUCAUAAGGUGUCUGUUAGCAAAUUAGAAUUUUACGUGACUUGGUGUAUCCUUAAUAAAGUCCUAUGUUAACUGCA